AUGGCCAACAGCCGCCAGGAGACGGAGAAAAUGAUGGGUGGUGGAGCCGCCUCCGUGCCGGCCACCUGCUCGAGCAGCAUGAACGGCAGCCACGAGGGCAGUCUGACUCUAUCGCCGGGGAGCGGUAGUGCCACACUGAUGCGGCACUCGCCGGACAUCAACCAGCAACAUCCGUAUGGCAAUUAUUCAGAAAAGAUGGAGGGAAUCACUCGCUUUUUGUGUCUGCUGUUGCUAAUUGGUUUGACUCGAUCACGGCAUCCCAGCCCGGAUGAGGCUACUCUGGAUUUCAUAUAUAAAAACCUGGAUGACACUGCCAAUCCGUGCCAGAAUUUUCAAAACUUUUCCAGUGGAAAGUUUAAGAGUCUUCACACAAAAGACAAACUCAACGAUCUCCGAGACUCAAUAUUUUACGCGUCCAAUGACAAACUGCAGAUAGUUUUGGAAGCUCUCAAGGAUCGCGUCUUCAUCGACGAGUCCAGUGUGGAGGGGAAGGUAUUGCGGUACUUCAACUCCUGCCUCAAUUUCAAUAUUUCAGAUUCAACUUUGCUUUUGGACAGCUAUCUCGAACUGAUGCCACCAGGCGAGGAUCUCCCCUGGCCAACGUCUAGAUUCCACGGUAGUAAAUGGCCCAAGGAGAGGUUCCAGUGGCUGGAAGCUCUGGCUGGUCUUCGUCGAUUUGGCAUCGAAAAUCUUCUGUUCCGGAUGAAUGUGAUCCAAGGCUGGUACGAACCAAACCAAUUUGUGAUAUUCCUUAAACGUUCGACAUAUUCCAACAUCCUGUCCGAGGAUAUUAUUCGGCGCAUUGUGACUGGAGUUGGAGUCCCAAAAAAGAACUAUAUAUCAAUUAAUACUUUAGUAGACGGCAUUGCGGCUCUGGGCAGCGAUCUGCAUAAUCUACCACAGGAAGAGACUAGACUCUACACACUGAGCAUUGAGCAGUUUGAGGACCAGACGGGAAUCCAGCUAUCCAAGUACCUAGAAAUCACCUUUGGUCGGCCAUUCGAUCCCAGCUUCGAGGUGAAGCUCGUGGGGAUCGGGUACUUGGAGGGUCUGAAGGCGGUUAUAGAGAAGCAUGAGAAGGAAGUGGUGGUUGGGUAUAUGAUUACUGGCAUAGUCUUCUCGCUCAUUAACCUGGAUAUAAUGCAGAAGGUCAAAAGUAACCAACCGAAUCAGUGCGCGGCUGCAGUGCAUCGCCACAUGGAACUGGCCAGCGAGAUGCUGUAUAAAGACUACUACUUUCGGCAGGGAAGACACCAGCGGUAUGACCAGGAAGUGCAGAAGAUGUUCGAGGUGUUCCGUUCAGCCUUUCUGAAGAGGAUCGAGAAGAACCGGCUAAACCUAACAACCGAACAGCAAUCCUUUGUCAAGCAGAAACUACUUGCCAUAAAAGUCAGACUGGGAUCUCUGCCGAAUAUUGCCAACCAGCGUCGUUUUCUCCACGACUUUUACUCCGAUCUUGAGCUGGACAUAGAUACGGCGGACAUGGCAAGAAUCCAGUUAAAUAUUAUGGAACAUAACACUCGCCACACGCUAGAGCAACUCGAUCGAGCCACGCUCAGGGGCAACCACUUCUUCCUGCUCGAAGAAUACGGUUAUAACCUGCAAACCGAACCCCAUUACAAAACGAGCAACUUGGUCGUAGUUCCCUAUGAUAUCCUACAGGAACCCUACUUUUCACCGGAUCAACACGAUGUCUUCAAGGUGAGCCUGCUUGGGUUUUCAAUAAUCCGCGCCGCCUUGGAGAAUUUCAGCCCAUAUUUUAUGCGCUUUGACAACGAGUCCAAUUAUAGCGAAAUUAUGGAUUAUUUUAAAGAGAAUUUAGCGUACGUAGAGGCAACGAACUGUAUGAGUGUUUACGAGGAAUCCUCAAUACAUGAUGAACAUUUGACGGAUGUGGUGGCCCUGGGGCUGGUCUAUGAUGUCUACUUCGGAGAGGACUCCAAGUUCAGCCAGGAACAGCCUAACUUUACCAAGUUGCCACUGAAGCAACUCUUUCUGCUCAACUUUGCCCAGAACUUGAUGGACAAGCGGAGGACUGUGAGGCUUAACCAAGCGGUGCGCAAUCUUAAGGACUUUGGCAAGGUCUUCGACUGUCCAGCUGACACUGUCCUUAAUCCGGAAGUUAAAUGCGAAAUAUGGUAG